GCUCGAUGAAUUUGAGUGCAAAAUACUGAGGAGACAAGUUGUAAAAGAACAUGGCUCUUUUUGUAGAAAGGUACAUCGUUUCUUUUCGAGCUCCAAUCCUCUUGUGUACCGUUUUAGCAUUGCUCAUCGAAUUAAGGAGAUAAGACAACAGUUAGAUGAGAUUGCUAAGAAUAUGGAAAAGUUUGAUUUGAUCAAAACUCAGCUGAAAAUGGGUCAAAGCCUUCCAAUGAAUGGCAAUAGGGAGAUGAAUACUCACUCCUUUGUUAACCCUGCAGAUGUUAUUGGUAGAGAUCGUGAAGAAGAGGAUAUCCUAAAUAUGGUACUAAAGGACCAAGCUCAAGAUCAUGAGAAUCAAAUCCAUGUUAUAGCUGUAAUUGGGAUUGGAGGUUUAGGGAAGACCACACUCAUCAAAUCAAUAUACAAUAAAGAUGCAAUUAAAGAAAUGUUUGAUUUGAGGAUUUGGGUUUGUGUGUCUUUGGAUUUCAAUGUGUCUAAAAUAGUAAAAGAUAUUCUUACAGAUGCAACUGGUAAUAGCAAUGUCACAAGCAACUUGUCCAAUUUAAACCAGUUGCAAAAAAAUUUGACAGACACCUUGAAAGAUAAGAAGUUUCUACUUGUAUUGGAUGAUGUAUGGAAUGAGGAUUUUUUCAAGUGGCAGGAUUUAGCAGAAUUGUUAUCAGUGGGUUCGAAAAAGAGUAAAAUUAUAGUGACAACACGAAGUAGUAAAGUUGCUUCAAUCAUGGGUGGAAAAAGGCCUUAUGAAUUGAAGGGUCUUCCUCAAAAAGAUUCUUUAUCUCUUUUUUUCAAGUAUGCACUUGGAGGUGAAGAAGAAGCAUCAAAAUAUUCGGAACUCAAAAGAAUUGGUGAAGAAAUUGUGGAAAAGUGUAGCGGGGUUCCUUUGGCAUUGAAGACUUUGGGCAGUCUCCUUCGGUUGAAGACUGAAGCUCAUGAGUGGAAAACAGUAAGAGAUAGCAAAAUUUGGGAGUUAGAACGAGAAGAAGGUCACAUUUUACCUGCAUUACGGUUAAGUUACAAUGCAAUGUCUCCAUCUUUGAGACAGUGUUUUGCUUAUUGCUCAACUUUUGAAGAGGAUAGUUUGAUGGAAAGCAUUGUUUUGAUUAGUAUUUGGAUGGCACUUGGAAUCCUUCCUUCACCUAAAAACAAAGAGGACGUCGAAGUUAUUGGUGACUCAUGCUAUGUAGAGUUGUGCAACAGAUCUUUAUUUCAAGUUGAUCCUCGUCAAGAUUCUUUUGAAAUCUUCCAAGUAAUCAGAGUGCAUGAUUUAAUUCACAACCUUGCAUGCUCAAUAACCCAAAAUGAGUGCUCAAUUGUAAAUUCCAACGACGAUAGAGAGAUUUCUGAUACGGUAAGAUAUUUAAGAGUUGUUAUCAAUGAGAAUAACUUAAAAAAGUUGAGUAAGCUAAAGAAACUAAAGAGUAUUCAUGUUAAGUGUACCGGAGAUGAGAAAGAUGAAGUUGUGCAGUUAUUCCUUUCUACAUGCAUCUCAACAUUCAAGCACUUACGAGUGUUUGAUUUGUCAGAAUUAUCUUUUGAGGUGUUGCCUAAUUCUAUUGGGACCAUGAAGCAGUUGAGAUAUCUUAACUUGAAUGGUAAUAGAAAUAUGAAGAGACUGCCUGAUUCAGUUUGUAAGCUGCAAAGUUUGCAAACUUUGAUUCUUGAUGGAUGUGUGAAGCUUGAGGAAAUACCCAAGGAUAUAGGGAAUUUGGUAAGCCUAAGGACUCUUAUGUUAACCACAAAACAGAGCUUUUUGGCAAACGGUGGAAUUGGACGCUUGGAGUCUCUUCGUUUCUUGACUAUUUAUGAGUGUGAAAAUUUGAAAGCCUUGCCUAAUGACUUGAUAAAUUGCACUGCAUUACGUUCUCUCGUAAUAGGGGAUUGUGAUCAACUCAACUUGGCAAGUGAAUUUAUUGAUAAAGAUGUUCAGUUGACCCUCCGCACAUUUGCUAUUUUUGGAUUAUCAGAGACAACAGAAUUGCCCCAAUGGCUCCAACAAGCUGCUAAGACCCUACAAAAAUUACAUAUUGAAGAGUGUCUUAACUUAUCAAGAUUGCCGGAGUGGCUGCCAAAACUCACCUCACUUGAGAAGCUUGUGAUUAAGGAUUGUCAAGAAUUGUUGUCCCUUCCUGAUGGGAUGGAAGGCCUCACUUCCCUUGCACAUUUGGAGAUUGAAGAUUGUGAUGCAUUACAGGAAGCAUGCAAACCAGAAGUAGGCUCAGAUUGGCAUAAGAUUGCUCAUGUUCCCAAUCGUAUUAUUGGUGAAGCUGAUUGAUCAUCAUGAGGAGAAGGAAAGAACAGGUUCUCUGUUCCUUUAGCUAAAGUGAUUAAGUUCAUGAAGUUGGUGUCUCUUCUGUCAACAUGUUCAACUAAGAUUUAUGUAUUGUGAUUACUUUUGGUAUUAUUUUAGUGCAUGAAUAAUUGUUGUUAAUAUAUUUUUCUAUAUGAUGUUGAAUAAUGUAAUUUUAGUUAUAGUAUAGGAGACCUUGUACA